AUGCUGCCUAAGUCUACGCUCCUAUUGACGCUUCCACUUCUUCUGCAUCAAGUCUGUUCAACCAAUCUCUCACCUACCGUCCCCUCGAUCACCAUCGAUGCUGGUGUAGUCAUCGGUACAACUACGAAUCUGCCCUCAGCAAGUGCAGCCGUGAACAAGUAUCUCGGCAUACCGUUUGCAGCGCCACCAGUACGCUUCGCCGUCCCGGAGAAGCCGAAGCCAUGGGAUGCACCGCUCAACGCGAGUGCAUGGAAACCAGCUUGCAUCCAACAAUUCCCUCCUGUCUUCGCAGAGCUGUCUGACAUCCUCGAGACUGUAUUCAACGAUUUCACUCCCGAAGAAAGCGAAGAUUGCCUCUACCUCAAUGUCUACGCUCCUGCAGGACCUGUGCCUGGUAAUGGUCGCGCCGUGAUGUUCUCGAUCUAUGGAGGGAACUUUCAGUUUGGUAGCGCCGGACAGCCCAUAUUCGACGGCUCUCCAUUUGCGGCAUAUGAGGACGUUAUUGUCGUUACCAUCAACUAUCGGACUAAUAGCAUGUACCUUCCUGCAUUACCAAUGUUGAUCUUUGGCUUCGCCUCCGCCCCCGAAUUGCCUCUCGCUGAACGAAACCUCGGCUUCUUAGAUCAAAGGGCUGCCUUGGACUGGGUAACACGCAACAUCCAUGCAUUCGGUGGCGAUCCAGCAAAGGUGACAAUUAUGGGCGAGUCAGCCGGCGCCUUCUCUGUCGAUACACUCAUCACAACCAUGCCCCAGAAUCCGCCGUUCCGCGCUGCUAUCCUCCAAAGCGGCCAGUACAGCUUCCUGAACCCCGGCCUGGUGGACAGCACUCCGACCUGGCUGGCUCUGACGGCGAUUCUCGGCUGCAGUGAUCCGGUCAGCAAUCUAACAUGUGUCAGGAGCGUGCCUGCGGAGAAUCUCACCGAGAUCACUGAGGCUAACGGUCUCAUCUUUUAUCCAACUUCGGACAAUGUCACGCUGCUAUCCCAUCCGGCUGCUGCGCGCGCUGACGGAAACAUUGCGCGUGUACCCGUCUUAGAAGGCACAAAUGCACAGGAAGGCACUCUAUUCGCAGCCGUGCAGGACAACCUUACCGAGUUCUUGAAUCAAUGGUUUGGCGCGUUCCCGCCUGAGGCGAUAGAAGCCGUCCGGCUGGCUUAUCCCUUACAGGGCAGGACGGAAAAUGAGGUUAUUGCCGAAAUCUCCGGAGAGUUUUCAUUUCUGUGCCCGCAAUCGCUGCAUACUAACGUCACUGCUGAGGCCGGAGUCCCUGCGUGGCGGUAUUGGCUCAACGCCACCUUCCCCAACAUCCAGCUCCCAGGGUUCAACCUAGGCAUCUAUCACGGCUCCGAGCUCCCCCUCGUCUUCUCCACCUACCCUCCCUACAACGUCACAGCACAGCAGUAUGCCCUUUCGAACUUCAUGCGGCAGGCCUGGGCGCGCUUUGCGAAGAACCCUGCCGAAGGCCCCGGUUGGAAUGCUGUAGGAACUAGUGGCAGUUUCGUGCGGACCCAAGAAGGUUGGCUAGGGUUCAGCGAGGCGGUGCUCGAGAGGGAGGCGGAGGACUUGCAUGUGGGGGUUUUGGGGGCGGAGGGGACCGCUGGGGUGAAGAUAGUCAGGGAGAGUGAGAUUGAUGCUAGGUGCGGGUUGUUUUUACCGGUUUAUGAGGCGUUGUUGGCGGUUAAAGGGGAUCGAUGGCGGUAA